AUGAAUGGAUCUCGUCCUCAUCCUGCAGAAAUGUCUGGCGGUGACCUUGAUGGUGAUACAUUCUGGAUAAGCCGUCAUCCAGAUUUAAUAUUCAAAGAAAACGAAGAUCCAUUUGAUUAUCAAGAUCAAGAUUACGAAGCUAAUAAAAUGCAAACAAUGAAUGAUGUCCAACAUACGAUUGAAGAUGUUUGUAAUUUUUUUGGUGAAUAUAUUGCAGUUGACAACGUGGCUGUAGAUUUUGCCAAAAAAGAAAUCAAUGCCCCACAUCUUACAAAAGAGCUUCGUCCUCCACAGUAUCCACCUUUUAUGGAAAAAAACGACAAGCCAACGUAUCAUUCAAAAUCUAUUCUCGGUCAACUCUAUGAUAAAACUCCAUCCUAUAAUAGCGACAUACAUAUUAAUGAAGAAGAAGAAAUCAGAGCAACAUCAUCAUUUCCCUAUAAAUCGUUUCUUAUUGCUGGUUACAAAAACCAUAUAAAAGAUGCUCGAGUUAUAAAAGGUGAAUAUGACCGAGACAUAUUAAGAAUCAUGCGGCAAUAUGGUAUUCAAAAUGAAGCUGAAAUUGUAUCAGGUUGUCUUCUUAAAUUUACUUCAAAACAAUAUGCAAAAGAAACCAAAAUUUUCGAUUUAAAAAAAUGA